AUGCUGCAUAGCUUCAAGACCAGGAAAGUAAAAAUUGGUCUUAUGGCCAUUAAAUUAGACCUCCAAAAAGCCUACGACAAGGUCAACUGGAAGUUCAUCCAAUCUGUCCUUAGUCGCUUUGGGUUCAGGGAUAUUUUCAUCAGUUGGAUCACAGCAUGUCUCUCAUCUGUGUCUUUUGAAGUCAUCGUAAAUGGGGGCAAAUCAGAACAAUUCAAACCGAGUAGAGGGUUGCGUCAAGGGGACCCUUUAUCAUCAUAUCUUUUCAUCUUGGGCCAAGAGGUUUUAUCCAGAAUACUAGAUCAUGAGCUUGCAGCCAAUAACAUAAGCGGGUUUAAAGCUAGCAUAAGAAGCCCAGCAAUCACCCAUGUCAUGUAUGCGGAUGAUAUAAUGCUUUUUGCGAAGGUGAACAAGAAGGAGGCAGUAAAUAUUAAUCAGUGUAUCAAAAAAUACUGCUCCUGGUCAAGUCAGCAGCUAAAUAGGGGCAAAUCCGGUGUGUUUUUCUCAAAAAACACCCCAUCUCAAAGCCGCAGGCUGGUUAAAAGCGUGCUCCAUAUGAAAAGUCCGAAGAAGGAUGCAAUAUAUUUAGGAGCCCCUCUACAUCUAUCUAAUUCCCCCUCCAAGGACUUCAAGUUCCUUCUUGACAAACUUGAAUCAAGGCUUUCUGGAUGGAGGAGUAAGUGCUUAUCAUGGGCAGGUAGGAGCACUCUCAUCAAAUCAGUUGCCCAAGCAAUCCCCAACUACACUCUGUCUUCUUUUAAUGUGCCUAACAUAAUAUGUGAUAAAAUGGAUGCUAUAACCAGAAGAUUUUGGUGGAAGCCUAAGGAGAAAGAAGGGAAGUAUCUAGCUUGGAAAGCUUGGGAUAAAUUGUGCCAACCCAUCAAGAAUGGUGGUUUAGGAUUCAGAAAAGUAAAGGAUUUCAACACUGCGUUACUUUCUAAACUCGCAUGGAUGAUAGCAUCUAAAAGAGACAGCUUAUGCAUGCAGAUUCUUCGAUCCAAGUACAAAGUCAAAUCUGAUUAG